AUGACCUCAAAGGAGCAAAAGGUCUUCAUUGUAGGGCCCGGCUUCAUCGGCUGGAACGUCCUCGAGCUUCUCGUCAAGGAAAAGUACCAAAUCACAGCUUUCGUGCGAAGAAAGGAACAUGGUGCCCAAAUCAAGAACUCGGGCGCGUCAGAGAUUGUGAUUGGGGACCUGGGCGACAAGGCGCUCAUCAGUGAGCAGGCCGCGCAGCACGACAUUACCAUCCACAUGGCCACGGCCGACGACCUGCCGAGCGUCGAGGCCGUGCUGGACGGCGUGCAGAAGCGGGCGGACCAAGGGCUGGACACCAUCUUCAUCCACACCUCGGGCACCUCGGUGCUCGACGACGGGUGCCACGGGUCCGAAAAGUCGGACCGCAUCUACUUUGACAAUCUGCGCUCCGACAUUGACUCGAUGCCCGACACGGCGCCGCACCGCGAGAUUGACCUGGCCAUCCUGCGCCGACAAAAGGUGCUGGGCGACAAGGCCAAGCUGGCCAUCAUGAUCCCGCCCCUCAUCUACGGCUUCAACCACGACCACAAGCGCCUCACCAUUCAGAUUCCCACACUGACUCGCUUCGCCCUCAAGCACGGCUAUGCUGGCUAUGUGGGUGACGGCCUGCCCGUCGAGUCAAAUAUUCACGUCAAAGACCUUGCCAGGGCGUACCGUAUUCUGCUUCAUCACAUGGAACACACGCCAGCCGCCAACCUGCUAGAGAACCCGUACUACUUUUGCGAGUCCUCGGGCAACGACGAGCCAAGCUGGAAGGAGGUCGCCGAGCUCAUCGGGGACAGCCUGCACAAGGCGGGCAAGAUCUCGGACCCGACACCGCGCACCAUUGACCCCAAGCUAUACGGGGACCUGUUUGGCGACGACACGGGCGCCAUCAUCGGCCUCAACAGCCGCAGCCGCGCCGCGCGGCUCCGUCAGCUCGGGUGGAGGGCCGUGGAAAAGUCCUGGCGCGCCAGCUACGUCGAGGACGAGCUCCCAGAGAUUCUCAGGGAGAAAGGACAUGCUGAUUUUAAAGGAUAUACGGGCAAGACUUUGAAGUGA